GUGCCGUUGGGUAAGUGACGCCCACGUGACCCCCGUCACGCUCCAGCACGCGCCCAUCUCUCUGGAAGGUUCAGGCCGCCGCCGUCCCUUUCCCGGUGCAGAUGAGUUUGCCGGCUUCAGAACCGCACGCCCGUGGAAUCCGGCGGGUGGUCGUCCGUGUCCGGUGUCCGUUGGUCCACGUGACGUGGUGCAGGCUCCGUGUUCCGUGCGCGCGGCACACUCCUCGUGGCCGAGCGCCGUUCCGUCGCCACUGGUGUGCCCACCUUCUGUACGCGCGCAUCUGGCCGUCGUCGGCUUCCCUGGCACCGUAAAGUGGGCACGUGUUCCCAGUGUCUUGAGCGAAGCGCUUGGGUGCGUGGCUGAGGUCGAGCCACCUCGCCUCCCGCCGCCGCGGCCUACAGUCCCCUUGUGCUCCGCCUCCGCGGACUUGGCCCCGUCAGCCCUUCUAAUCUCAGCUUCCCUGGUGCCUGCAAAGUGGUCGCUCCUUACGACUGUGGGGUGCGGUUCCGGUGGCUCACGGGGUGGCACGGACCUCUCUUCGGAGUAAGCGUGUGCGCUCAGCUGUGGGUGCGGAAGACGGCAGCUGCUUGAGAGGGUUUGGACAUUUUUCCCCCGGCUGCGAGUUCCGGGGCUGUUGGCUGGGUGGGGUGUGAUCCCUCCCUGCCGUGAAGAGCGGCUGGAGCGGGCGGAUUCCGGGGGGGCUUCUCCCUCAGGUCUGGGCGGGACUGGCGGGGACCGAGGCCUGGCUUUAGUCCCAUGGGCCUGGCAUUGCCGUGGCCUUUGGUUCCAGAGACUGUGCCGAUGAGCCAGCGGGCCUGGGCCAGUUGGGUGCGUGCUACGCACCCACUUCCGCUCCUCUUCCCCGAAGCUUGUUCUCAGAACACAAACAGGAGCUGUGAGGAGUGCCUGAAAAACGUCUCUUGCCUUUGGUGCAAUACCAAUAAGGCGUGCUUGGACUACCCCGUGACCAGGAUCCUGCCACCCAGCUCCCUUUGUACGCUGAGCUCUGCACGCUGGGGCGUUUGCUGGGUGAACUUCGAGGCGCUGAUCAUCACCCUGUCGGUGGUGGGGGGGGCCGUGCUGCUGGCCUUGGCCGCGUGCUGCUGCGCCUGCUGCUGCCGCAGGAAGAGGAGCCGGAAGCCGGAUAAGGAAGAGGAGAAGGCCGCGCGGGAGCGCGAGGAGCGCAGGGUCCGGCAGGAGGAGAGGAGAGCAGAAAUGAAAUCCAGACAUGAUGAAAUCAGAAAAAAAUAUGGUCUGUUUAAAGAGGAAAACCCGUAUGCCAGGUUUGAGAACAACUGAGCCACGUGCCCAGCAGUCCCCGCACGGCUCCAGGAGCACGGCGCCGCCGCCCUGCAGACCCGCGGGCUUCUGUUCCCUCUUCUGUAUCUGUAUUUAGUCACUGCAGACACGAAGCUUUUCAGGGGGGUCGGUCGGUUGUGUUGUUACUUCCAGGAGGCAAAGCCCACAUCCUGCUACCCUUCUCCGCUGGCGAAGCCAACCGCGGACAGGGCAGCCGGCCUCCGUCCCGCCUUCUGUCCUCGCGUCCCUGUACCCGAUGGCGCGCUGUGCGCGCACGGCGGGGGAGGAAGGGCCCCUGUCACCCCGCCGCCCUCCAUCACCCGGCCGGCGGCUGUGCGCCCUGCGUGGCAGCCCCCCGGGGAGCCGGGCACCCAGACGCAGUCUGCCGGGCCGUGCCUUCUGACCCCAGCCGCUCUGAGCAGCGUCCGGGAGAACUUAGAUUCACCUUAAAUCUGUGUUUUGUUCUGUUCCGUUUCAUUCCGUUUCAAAUAAGUCUUGGAUUUCAUUCCUCCACCAAAGGUGUUUCACCAAGAAAUUUUUCUGUCAAAAUUCAGACCGCUUACUGGACAAUUUUUAAAUUUUAAUUUGUAUUUUUACCGGAACACCAAGAUUUUUUUCCAGUGAAAACUUGAAUAACAGAUGAAGCAUUAGAGCCCCCUGCAGGGGCAGCAGCAGGUGCUCUGGGCCGUGGGCCUGGAGGGGCCAUCACUGCCCCGCUCCCUUUUCAGCCCUGGUGACGGCCGGCGCCGGGUUCUGUGUGUAGCCACACCAGGCUCUCCCUAGUUAGGCUGUCAGCAACAUGGUCACACAGGGACCACGGGGUCCCCAGGCUGUCCCCGAGGAGGAAGGGACCAUGCCCCGUGGGCCCCUCUGCGGGGCUCUGCCCACUGGGGGGUCGGGCAGGGUGUCCAGGGCCGGCCAGAGGGAUUUCCACGUGCUACACGGGGACACUGCUGACUGUCCUGCUUGUCACACGACCCCUAGCUUGGAACCGCGCUCUUCUGGCUGGGACGCUGUCCGUGGCCUCCGGGUACACCCUGCGGUGCCUUCCGUUGGCCCCAGGCCUUUCAGAGCAAGAUCUGUGGCUUCAGUAAAUGACCACAUCCUUCCUAUUGGGGAUGCAGACCGUGGAGUAGCUGUGUGAACUGCCUCUCUUCACUCUGAAAAUAGUCCCGGUGGCCACCGCCACAUUGCUUUGGAUUAGGAAGACGUUUAGCUUCGGGGAGGUGGGUCGACAGGUGCAAAGACAAAUGAUGUGUUCCGCUUUCGCACUCGUGACUGUGCCGUCGGGGACUGCUCUCCAACGUGUCACGGAAAGUUCUCAAUACAGGUCAGUGUGAUCCAACACCCCACACCGCUCGACAGCCCCCCCGCCCCCCCCCCAAGCCACGUCGGCCUGUGCCGUGAGGUGACCGCGCUGUCCUGCAAUGUCUAUAAGCUGAGACACUAACUGUACAAACUCUUGACUAUCUCUUUCUGACUUCUUGGGCAUUUGAUAGCAAUUUGAAGUAUUACGAAACAUUCCUAAGUAUUUUAUAGCAGCCUGCAGAUUUUGACAUUCUACUUUUAUUCAUAAGAAAAACUCUGUAGCAGACUCCAGCAGCCUUUGUGUUAAUACAGUAAUGUACGUGAGGUCACGCUGUGUCCUGAACGGUUGGGGCUGUGCCCUGUUCAUACAGCGCAUUUAGUCCCUUCGGGGUACCGAGGCCACACCAGUGCGUCUGGGAGGCUGUCCUGGUCCCCGCAUUUUAUAAGUAGUCCUAAGAGCACCACGUGUUGUAACCUCAAGGAGACCGUCAAGUUCAGAGUGCCUUAAUCUUAACCAGUUUCCAAUAAGUGGUUUAAUACACGCUUUGUUGAAUCCA